AAGCAUGCUGCCAUUGUUUGCUUGGAGCUCAACCUAAGGGUCAAAAGCUCAGCCCCCGGAGAUCGAUAUACUUUCAACACUACCGCCACCCCCACACCAAGCCACAAGAACAACACUUCCCUAAAGCUGGAGUUUGGCCGGUCUUACGUGAGAUCAACCUGCGGCUUUUCUGUAUCAGGCCAAUGCAGGAUGGUGAGAGAAGGAGCGAUAAUGUCUGUUAUGUACAUUUUUCCAUGUCUGACAGUGCUGGCAUUGCUAACGGGUUGCACAGCAGAUGGGUCGGCUCUACCAAAGCCUGAGAAACACUUCAGCGGGCCUCUGCAAAGGGAACAAGAGGUCAAUCAGCAGCAACAGCUCAACACAUCAGCCCUAAACACAGCCUUGGCCUUUGAACCUUACCAUAACCUGUCCACCAGAACCAGUGCUGAGCCAGGGAUCCAGCAGCAAAAACAACACAACAUCUUAUUCUCGCCCUUGGGCCUGGCGUCAGCCCUGGCCCUGCUGUCCCGAGUGUCUGGGUCUGAGAGUCGGAGCCAGGCCCUGGAGGCACUGGGGCUGGCAGCCAACUCUACAGAGCAGAGCGUGGAAGCCGCCAUAUCUGCUCUUACAGAUCUGCAAGAUAGCCUCACUGUCCAGGAGAGAGGGGGUGGAGGGGGGGUUCAAAGGGCAGAGUCUGAGGCUGGAGCCGGAACAGAAGGUGGGAUUGGGGCCACAGCAGGGGUGGAAAUUGGAGGGGCAGAUGCUGGAAACAGAGCUGAUGCAGAUGAUGGAGCAGAGGGUAGGGCUGGACCUGAGGAUGGGGUUCAUGCUGGGAGUCAGAUCAGAGUGUGGAGCGGCCUACAUAUUGAUGGAAAACCCUCACUACGCUAUGAUAGGUUUUUGUCCACGUCUCAACACACUGGACCCUCUGCCUUCAAUAUCAGCUUUGAGACGCUGAUGAAAGACUUGCAAACCUCUGACAAACUUGAACUUAACAAUUAUGUGUAUUUCAAAGGUCGCCAACCAUUUGAGCGUCGCCACACAGUGCCACGGAGCUUCCAGCCAAACGCUACGACCAGCGUGGAGGUAGCCAUGAUGUUCAGGGACGACUCUUCUGAGGUGAUGAUGCUAUAUGACACCAACUGCUCAGCCACAGUGGUCCGGCUAGCCCAGUCAGAACGCCUGGCCUCACUGCUCCUGCUUCCUAAAGCUGAGCUGCAGCCCCUGGAGGACUGCCUGUCUGACAGCCGCAUGAGGUUUUGGCUCAGCAACCUGAAGCCGGGGCGGGCAGAAAUCCUUUUCCCUAAGUUCCAACUGAGGAAAUCCUACAGUUUAGAAAGCCUCCUGAAGAACUCUGGAGUAUCAUCCAUUUUCUCAGACUCAGCAGACUUCUCAGGAAUAUCAUCCAAGACAACGCUGAAACUUGUCAAGGCUCCUCAUGAAGUUAUGCUGGAGGUGGAAGAGACCAAGUCAGAAGAUGGGGGGAGACCUGACAUCAUGCUGGACUUCUCUGUCCCUCCGAGAAUCACCUUUAACAGACCGUUCAUGCUCAUAAUCUAUGACGAUCUCACAGGGCUCGUCCUGCUCAUAGGGAGAAUUAUUGAUCCCACAGAUGUCUAGACUAGAGUGAACAUUACACUCUCCUUUUUGUCCUUUUUUCCCCUUUUGUUAUUGAUAUAAUACGGCAUCCACUUACAUUACAAAACAGCUUUGGUUUGUUUUUCCCAGUAGUAUGGCAUCUCAUUUUGGGGGGAAAAAAUUUCCAGCAAUUUCACUGAAGUUGCAGUGAGUGUGUUUUGUUUUACCUCCAAUUUUCCAAACCAUUCAGGAUGAUUUAUAGUUCGUUUUUCCAUUUUCACAAAAUGAUGAAAUGACAUUUGCAUGGCAGUAAUUUAUCCUUGUGACUGAAUCUCUGCUAUUCUUGCAAAAACAUAAAACACUUUUCUUCCAUUACAAAA